AUACACUUCCGUUUCUAUCACCGUCACCGGAUCCCGCCUUCAUAACCCCUAGCUUCCCCACAGUUUGUCUAGAACCAUGACAGACAACAGCAAGAUGGACAUGUCCCUUGAUGAAAUCAUCAAGCUGAACAAGAAGGGAGGUGGCGGUGGCGGUCGAGAGGGCCGAGGCCGUGGCGGCGGUGGAGGCAGAGGAUCGGGUCGCAGCACUAACUCAGGCCGAGGCGGAUCGGGGCCUACCCGGAGCCGAGGCAGCUUCAACCGCGACAAAAACAGACCGGCGCCCUACACACGGCCCAGAGAACUACCCGACAAAUGGCAGCAUGACAUGUUCGAGGAUGGUUCCGCCUCAGCUUCCCGCACAUCGAGAAGUACAGGAACAGCGAGGAACGGGGCCGAGGACGGCGGAAAACUGCUGGUGUCAAACCUAGAAUUUGGCGUGUCCGACAAAGACAUUAAGGAGCUUUUCGCAGACUUUGGAGCGUUGAAGAAAGCGGCGGUGCACUACGACCGCUCCGGUCGUAGUCAGGGAACGGCAGACGUCCAUUUUGAGACUUCAGCCGAUGCACUUAAAGCCAUGAAGCAGUACAACGGCGUGCCCCUCGAUGGUCGCCCAAUGAAAAUCCAGCAAGUUACCUCAGACCGUGAAGCGACAAGAAAGCCAUCCCCACAAAGUCCAAGCGGCGGUUUUGACAAGGAGAGACUCGGUCGGCCCGCCAAGUACGAAGAGAGGGAACCUAGGGAACCCAGACAAGGUGGUCGCCGUGGAAGUUUCAAAGGUGGCCGCGGCCGUGGUGGUGGCGGUGGAGGGGGCGGGCGUGGCGGUGGAAACCGGCCGCAGCUGUCAGCGGAGGAGCUCGACGCACAGUUGGACGCCUACAAUGCCAAGAUGGAAACAAGUUGAAUGGACUUUACAACGUGAAGAUGGGGCGAUCAUGAUCCCUUCAGUGGAAAAUGUCAAAUCAAAUGGAACCCAAAUUCUCCUGAUAUUACGAAGCCAUUUUAGUUUUUGGAUCUUAUUCCUUUUUGUACUAUUUAAAAAAACUUGUUCGUAGUUUAGUUGUAUGAUCUUCAUCUUUAUAUUUUUAUCCCCUGCUCCAUCUUCCCAUAGGCUCUUUAUUUGAAGAGACGACUGUAAUAAACUAUGUGCUGCUUUUCAACUCUGUAACAAGGGCCGGACGGCGAAAUACAGCGACGCAUACCGUUUUAUGUAAA